AUGAGCCAGCAGCUCGAGUCUACUCUCCAUUGUCUGACAUCCAACAACUCCACCGACUGGAGCCAAUACCUCACUUGGAUUGAAUAUGCCCACAACUCUCUCAAGUCUGCUUCCACCGGCCAGUCACCAUUCCAGGUUAGUCUCGGAUAUCAACCUCCACUUUUUCCAGCAGACGAGAGAGAGAUUUCGGUUCUGUCUGUCAACCAUCACAUCCGUCGUUGUCAACGUGUCUGGAGAGACACCAUCGCUUCACUCAACCGCUCUUCUGAGACAACCAAACGCUUCGCUGACUCAAGGAGACGUCCUGCCCCAGAGUACGUCGUUGGUCAGGAGGUAUGGCUCUCCACUCGGGACAUUCCCCUCAAGGGGAUGUCUCGCAAAUUAUCUCCUAGAUUCAUUGGUCCGUACAAGAUUGCCCAGGUGAUUAACCCUUCAGCCAUAUGCCUGCACCUUCCUUCGAGUCUUCGCAUCCACCCCACGUUCCACGUCUCCCAGGUCAAACCGCUGCAGAUGCUGUUCAGCACAACUGAGAUUUAUGAGUUAAAUGAGGAUCAAGACUGCUCACAUGGAGAGAGUGAAGUGAGGAGUUUCCUACAGUGUCUGCCUUAUAUCUCACAGCUCAGCUGUGAUCCAGGGUUCUUCCAGAUCGUUUGUUCAUCCACACCAUUCAGAUCCAGAGAGGAGGUCCAGCAGCUGGUGUCUCUUCUUCAGCUCCUGAACUUCAACCUGCGUCUAACAGGAGAGUUGGGCAGGAAGACCUGCAGCCCUGUGGGCAGAGUUCUCCGUCUGUGUGGAUCUAAAGUGGAUCUGAUCCUCACAGCCAGAAAGAUGUCAGUCAGAGGAGCUUCUGUCCUCUUCAGAUCUACAACACAGCUCCACAGUCUGAGACUGUCCAACGCUGUGGCCUUGUUCCUGUCUCAGUGGGUGAGAAGAGGCAGAGUGACCUUUCCUCUGGUUGUUGAAGAGCUUUCUGUGGUUUCCACCACAGUUGGAGCAUCACAGAGAACCUUGUUGAAGGUUGGCAGCAGUUUGGCGUCUCUGCUGAGGUUCUGGACAGUCAGACGGGUCGACCUGACUGAGUCCCGCCUUCCUACUCAGAGUCUCUUCAGUCUGCUGCUUCAUGAUGCUCCUCUCUCAGUCAGGCUGAGUGAAGAUGUUCUCCAGCAGCUUGUGGUCCUCCUCCAUGAGGUCCAGGACCAGGACCUGACGUUGUCCUUCUUGAAGAAGGUUGGUGGAGACCUGAGCUCCUGCCGGUUGAACUGGGAGCUGCUUCACUAUCUGCUGCAGCAGCCGUCAGAUCAGACCAUCACCGUCAACCUGAAGAAGAACAGCUUCUUACAGGAGAGAGCUCCACAGCUGCUGCCCUUUCUGCACAGGAUGGUGCUUCAAAGGCCCAGACCCAGCUUUGUGAGGACUUCCAUCAGAGAGAUCUCCCGAGCUCUCAGCAGUCACAUGAUACCUGGUUUGCUGAGGUCACUGGAUCAUGUGAUCAACCUGAGCUGCACAGAGCUGGACUCAGAGGACUGUGCUGCUCUGCUCUUCAUCCUCAGACACAGUGAUGGAGUUAAACUGAAGCUGCUGUGGAGCUCCAUCCCAGCAGAGGGAAUCCAGUCCAUCCUCCAUCUGCUGCACAAAGUUUCUGAUCUCAGUGUGGACAGGAAGCAGCUGCUGAGCUUCAUCCACUGCUGCGCUGCCUCUGACAGCCAGCAGGAGGCAGCAGCAGCCCUGCUGAGGACUCUGCAGCACAGCGUGGACCUGUCCUGCUCCUCCUGCGUGGAGCUAGCAGAGGAGGAGCAGAAGGAGCCUCUGAGGGUGACGGCUGCUGACUGCAGGGCCGUCUCCUCCAUCCUGAGACACAGCUGCAGGGACACACAGCUCCACCUCAGAGACUGUGAGGUGGAGGACGGCGGGCUGGACCUGCUGUUUCCUGUCCUGGACAGGGUCCGUCUCAGGGUCAGUAAGACGGUCCUGGUCCAGCUGCUGUCCCUGCUGGCUGUGGGCAGUGAGAGGGACACGGUGAGACGGGCGGUGUCCCUGUGCAGAGCCCUGGGAGGAGAACUGGACCUGAGUCACAGCACACUGGAUCAGAGGCUCUGUGCAGCUCUGGUUCUGAUGCUGGACUACUCUGAAGGUCUAACAGAGCUGGACCUCAGUCACUGCCAGCUGACCGACCUGCUGCUGCUCCAACUCAUCACACAUCUGCACAAGGUCCAAGUCCUGGAUCUGAGUCACAAUCAGAUCACUGAUGCUUCUACUGAUCAGCUGCUCCUCCUGGUCUCCAUCAACCCAUCCAUUGGUUCUGUGAGACUCUUCAACAACAACAUCCUCAACAGAACUCCUUAUAAGGACAACAGGAAGUUUGAAAUGUGGUGAAGCAGCUGUCAGUCAGCUGGUCAUGUGACCAACAGGAAGUCCCUGUCUCCUCAGGAUCCUCAGAUGGACGUAUCAGCUGCUAACUCUGAGCUGGUCAGCAGUGAGGUUGAUCUGUUCUCCUUCUGGUUUCCAUGUUUCAGUCCAGAUGCCUCAAAGGAACUAA